AUGAACAAACUCAACCUCACAUACUUCUUCAAAUUGAUCUUGAAUCGACACCACCAAAUACUUUAUUACCAAAAUGCCUACGGGAUCGCAAUAUGUCACUGUCUGUCCUGUCGCAAGAUCACCGGUGGAACAAAUUCAGUAAAUUUGCUACUCCCAGGGGACAAGCUUCGUGUCACCUAUGGCUCUGCCAAGCAAUACACUGAGAUGCACGAGAGUGGCAUGGAAUUGACGAUCAACUUUUGUCCUAAUUGUGGAUGUAUGAUCUACAAGACGCAUGAGUUGUUUCCUGGGAAGGUUGUUGUCUUUGCUGGGACGCUUGAUGACCCGGAUGGACUUGAAAACUCGAAGCCAGAGGCGGAGUUGUUUUCUAAACGUCGUGUUAGAUGGUUGCCUGGUCUUAGUUGGGCGGAGCAAAAGGAAGAAUUUUGA